AGGCCCAACCAGACCGCGGAAGGAGCGAGAAAGGCAAGUCGGGCCAGCACGCCUCUUCCGCCCAGGGCCCGGAAGGGUGAUGUGGCUGGUGUUUCGCCGGCCUCACUAUGUCUGCCAUUUUCAAUUUUCAGAGUCUGUUGACUGUAAUCUUGCUGCUUAUAUGUACCUGUGCUUAUAUCCGAUCCUUGGCACCCAGCCUCCUGGACAGGAAUAAAACUGGGUUGUUGGGUAUAUUUUGGAAGUGUGCCAGAAUUGGUGAACGGAAGAGUCCUUAUGUUGCGGUAUGCUGUAUUGUGAUGGCCUUCAGCAUCCUCUUCAUACAGUAGCUUGGAAAAAUGCCAGAAUUCAGUUGCAAUCAGAUUUAAAUAUGAAAAAAAGGACUUAUCUGCAGAAAAUAAUGGAAAGAAUGUUUAACCCUUUUAUCUCUGAACAUUGAAUGAGAUAAAUUUUCAGCUGCUGUUCUCUAUUUUUGUUAUUGGACCAAUGUUCUAUAUAAAUAAUUAGGAUGUAACCAUUUAAUACUCAGAGUUUAAAUAUGUCUGUAACAAUCAACCUCAGUACUGUCACUACAAUAUUACAUUCUGCAUAUGUCAUUCUAUUGUGUCAGAUACCAGUUUUUAGUGAGGUAUCUUUAAGGCAUAUAAGAGAAAACAAAAUUGGUAAAUUACUUAAGUUCCUUUCACCGUGAUUUGGAAACGAUAAAUCUUUAUAGAAUGAGACUUUUUGGACUAGCUUUUUUAUUGGAAAAAAAAAAAAAGGUUCAAUUCGUGUUGGAAAGGACUGCCUUCAUAUUUAAUAAUGCUUGCUUUUCCUCUGGCCACAUCAUUUUGAGCAUUAACCAGAGUACCUCUACUGUUAGCAAACUGUAGUUUAUUACAGGUAUUUAAACUAUUUAAAACAAGCCUAUGCAGUUCUUAAGGAGGAAGAUAAAUGAGAAGUGACUUAAGAGUGCUAUUGAGAAAAUGUUCCUAUUUAACAUAAAAGAAUUCAGAAUACCUGACUGGUGUUAUCGCCUCUGAAACCUCUGGUUAAGUAUAUGGAUCAAUGUCUUAAGCAUAAAUUUGACCAGCUAACUGUUGUUUUUGGAAUAAGACUACAUGCUUAGAGUAAAAAAGAGCUAAACAGAAUGAUAAUCUUACACGUGUUUUUCAUUCUUUUUAGUGUUAGGUCUCUACAUUUUAAUUACCCCAAAAUGCAAACUGUGUUUUUGUUUUUUAAUACAGCACUUUAAAUCUA